AUGGUGUCCAAAGCGGUCCACAUCGAAUUUGCGACCGAUCUCUCAACAGAAGGCUUUUUGGCAGCUUUGCGUAGAUUCAUUGGACGAAGGGGAGUACCAGAACACAUCUAUUCGGACAAUGGUACCAAUUUUGUUGGGGCCAAUAAGGAACUUCGCGAGAUUUAUGAUUUCUUUGAAACUGAAGAGUUUAAAAAAAAGAUAGGAUCCUUUGCUUUAUCUAAACGAAAAGAGUGGCAUUUCAAUCCACCUCUAUCUCCCCAUUUUGGCGGUAUUUGGGAAGCAGCUGUAAAGAGCUUCAAACAUCAUUUAAAACGCUUAUUGAAAGAUCAAAAAUUGACUUAUGAGCAAAUGAACACUCUCUUAAUCGAAAUUGAAGUCAUCUUCAAUACUCGACCUUUAUACGCUCUUUCAGCUGAUCCCGACGACCCGUUAGCUAUUGCUCCUGCUCAUCUAUUGAUAGGUCGACCAUUCAAUUUCUUGCCUGAGAAAAAUCUAAUUUCCGUUCCAGAUAACAGACUUUCAACGUAUAACCUCAUCACCAAAGCUCAACAGGAUUUUUGGAAAAGGUGGUACAAGGAGUACCUCAAUGAAUUACAAACCCGCUAA